CUGGCCUCAGGCUGGCCUCGAACAACACUCGCCGGUUGCCAGAACGACCAACUCUUUGCGCAAAAUGGGCGCCAUAAGCCGAGGCGUGGCAAGGCGGACGGCAACAGUCGGUCGUCAAUCGCCUUACUGGUAUCCGAACGUGUCGACGCUGACGCUGUUGUGGCGUGGAUAGGCGGGGCAGCGGUACGAGGUGUCCCGGCUCUCGGGGAUCAGGUCGACGUCGUGAAAGAUGACGCAGUCGAAAGGGAAAAAGGCGAGCGCUUCCACAACAGCCACAUUCAUCAUUAUACUAAUCCCGACCGGUUUGGAAUGGGCUGCAGUGUUAACCUCAAUACCACCACACCAUCAUCAUCAUCCUCCUCGUCAUUAUUAGUAGUAUUAGUGGUAAUAGUAGUUUCAGCAGCGGCCUCAUCAUCAUCAGCGUCCCCAACAGAAAUCGAACCCGACAGGACGAAGGCUCAGCAACCAAUCUGUGUGACACAAAUCGGCAAAGGUGAUGCGGCGCAACCCUUCACAGUUCAGCAUUCUCCUCCACCAGGUCAGCAGCGACACUUCCCUUCACUUAACUUUGCAGGCAUAGAUUUCCAUCAUCUGGAAGUCAUCUUUCUUAUCCUCACUUCUUGA